GAGACCCAGCUUUGAACACACCUCCUCCUGGAAGCCCCCCUGGAUUUGACACACCUACUGCCCUUCCUCCCCACCCCUGCACCCUUUCCUUCUCCCCUUUGUAACCCCAGGAGAGGUUAAACAGGUCAAACGAGGAGCGAGACGCGGCCUCCCCCAACAUGCAGAGGAUCCCAAAUCUGAAAGAAGAACCGACACCCACAGAUCUGGGGCCCACAUCCGCACAAUUUUCUGUUUUUCCCCCGAAGAAUUUGAUGCUUUGGUGAUCAAUGCUGCCUUUUGUGAAGCACAGAGAGGUUAGGUGACUUGCCAAAGGUCACACAGUACUUCAAUGGAAGAACCAGGAAUUUGAACACAGAUCAGCCAGAGCUGUGAUUGUGCCCACUGAGUGGACUGCGUUGUCAGGGAGUGAGUGCUCCAUCAUCGGGAGGAUCCAAGCAGGACCGCCAUGGAGGAAGGUCAAUAUUCAGAGAUCGAGGAGCUUUCCAGGAGGCGGUGUUGCAGGCGCGGGACUCAGAUCGUGCUGCUGGGGCUGUUGACCGCCGCUCUGUGGUCCGGGCUGCUGACUCUGCUUCUCCUGUGGCACUGGGACACCACACAGAGUCUAAAACAGCUGGAAGAGAGGGCUGCCCGGAACGUCUCUCAAGUUUCCAAGAACUUGGAAAGACACCACGGUGACCAGAUGGCGCAGAAAUCCCAGUCCACGCAGAUUUCACAGGACCUGGAGGAACUUCGAGCUGAACAGCAGAGAUUGAAAUCUCAGGACUUGGAGCUGUCCUGGAACCUGAACGGGCUUCAAGAAGAUCUGAGCAGCUUCAAGUCCCAGGAAUUGAACGAGAGGAAUGAAGCUUCAGAUUUGCUGGAAAGACUCCGGAAGGAGGUGACGAAGCUAAGGAUGGAGUUGCAAGUGUCCAGCGGCUUUGUGUGCAACACGUGUCCUGAAAAGUGGAUCAAUUUCCAACGGAAGUGCUACUACUUCGGCAAAGGCACCAAGCAGUGGGUCCACGCCCGGUACGCCUGUGACGACAUGGAAGGGCAGCUGGUCAGCAUCCAUAGCCCGGAGGAGCAGGACUUCCUAACCAAGCAUGCCAGCCACAUUGGCUCCUGGAUUGGCCUUCGGAACUUGGACCUGAAGGGGGAGUUUAUCUGGGUGGAUGGGAGCCACGUGGACUACAGCAACUGGGCUCCAGGGGAGCCCACCAGCCGGAGCCAGGGCGAGGACUGCGUGAUGAUGCGGGGAUCCGGCCACUGGCACGACGCCUUCUGCGACCGUAAGCUGGGCACCUGGGUGUGUGACCGGCUGGCCACAUGCACGCCGCCAGCCAGCGAAGGUUCCGCGGAGUCCAUGGGACCUGAUUCAAGACCAGGCCCUGACGGCCGCCUGCCCGCCCCCUCUGCCCCUCUCCGCUCUUGAGCAUGGAUACAGCCAGGCCCAGAGCAAGACCCUGAAGACCCCCAACCACGGCCUAAAAGCCUCUUUGUGGCUGAAAGUUCCCUGUGACAUUUUCUGCCACCCAAACGGAGGCAGCUGACACAUCUCCCGCUCCUCUAUGGCCCCUGCCUCCCAGGAGUACACCCCAACAGUACCCUCUCCAGAUGGAAGUGCCCCCAACAGCACCCUCUCCAGAUGCAGCCCCAUGUCCUCAGCACCCCAGGACCUGAGUACCCCCAGCUCAGGUGGUGAGUCCUCCUGUCCAGCCUGCAUCAAUAAAAUGGGGCAAUGA